AUGUCAGGCAACAAAGAAAAAAUAAAUCAGGAAGUUAUUGAAAGAGCUAAACAAGAUAAACCUUCAUUAACUGAUGUUGUGGAACAAGUUGCAAGGCAACAACAAACACAAACCUCAGAAAUAGAGAAAAGCAAAAAAAUUUUGUUUCAUUUGCAGAAUGAACUUCAUGAGCUUGAAGAACAAGUAGCAGCAGUCUCAGCAGAAAUUCAAGAAACAGAACAGAAAAUUUAUCAACAAGAUUCUGCCAUAGAGAAUAUCAAACUUCAUUGUGAAAACUUGGGAACUCAAAUUAAGUCCUUACAUGCAGAAAAUGUAAAGCUUAAAUUUGACAUAGAAGCAGCCCAAGAAGAUUUUGAGAAAAACAUGACAAAAUAUAAUGAGUAUUAUGCAAAAAUAAAACUGCAUAAAGAUAAUUUGAAGGAAGUAGAAAAGAAAUGGCCAUUCAUGAUUGAACUCUACGAAAAACAAGAUCUUGUCAAAAAACUAAAGAAAAUGAAAGAGGAACUUAUGCAAGAUCUGCAAAAUUCAGAAGGAAAGCGCAUGAAACAAGAACAGGAGGACAUUGCAAAGAUAAAGGAUAAAAUUACAGCUAUAAAGGAAUCUAUCAUUGAAAAAACCUGUUUUCUUGAGAAAGAAAAACAGACACAUGAAAAAUUAAGAAAAGAAAUAGAGGUACAACAUAAGAGAUAUGGUGCAAUUCUUAAGCGUUUACAUUGUCAGUUAAACAAGUUACAGUCAAAUAGAAGACAGUGGCACUGGAACAUCCAACAACUGGAGAAAACUGCAGCUGAACUAAGAAAACGCAUUCAAACAUAG